AUGGCAGUCGCUAGGAACAGGCGCGCGGCGGGGGAAGGUGGUACGGUGAUAGGUGGAGAUGCCGUGACAAAAGGAGCGCGGCCAUCCAGCAGCAACGGCCUGCAACUGAUGCAAGAGAUACGGCUUCACAACGGCGUCGCCAUCAUCGUCGGCAUCAUCGUCGGCUCGGGCAUCUUCGUAUCGCCGACGGGCGUGCUCCGGGAGGCCGGCUCCGUCGGUCUCUCGCUCAUCAUCUGGACCGUCUGCGGAACGCUGUGUCUCGUCGGGGCGCUCUGCUACGCCGAGCUAGGCACGGCUAUCCCGAAGUUGGGCAGCGACUACGCAUACAUCGCCGAGGCCUACGGGCCCGUGCCGGCGUUCCUCUACCUCUGGGUGGCUCUGCUCGUCGUCAUGCCGACGGGCAAUGCGAUCACGGCGCUAACCUUCGCCAAGUACAUACUGCAACCGGUGUUUGCCGACGGCUGUGAGAUACCGGAGUCGGCAGUCAGUCUCGUCGCCAUUGUCUGCAUCGCCUUUCUCACGUUUAUCAACUGUAGUAAAGUGAAAUGGGCCGUCAGAGUGCAGGACAUUUUCACUGCUGCCAAGCUGCUUGCAUUGUGCAUCAUCAUCAUUACCGGGGGAAACACGCAUAAUCUCGAGUCGCCGUUUAAGGGUACGCAGGCACACGCAGGACACAUAGCCCUCUCUUUCUACGCCGGCCUGUUCUCCUACUCAGGGUGGAAUUACUUGAAUUUUGUCACUGAAGAACUCGAAAAUCCAGCCAAGAACCUGCCGCGAGCGAUCUACAUCUCCGUGCCACUCGUUACGACGGCGUACGUGCUCUCCAACGUCGCCUACUUCACCGUCCUGUCGGUUGACGAGAUUCUAGAGACGGAGGCUGUGGCUGUGAGUUUUGGCAAGCGAGUGCUCGGCAGCAUGCAUUGGACAAUGCCGUUUUUUGUCGCUUGCUCUACCUUCGGUGGCGUCAAUGGUGGCAUCUUCGCUUCGUCCAGGUUGUUUUUCGUCGGCGCCCGACAAGGACAUCUGCCAGACUGCCUGGCCAUGAUCAACAUCCACAACGUGACUCCGCUGCCGUCGCUAAUCUUCAUUGGGACGCUGUCGGCUCUCAUGUGCACCACGAGCGACGUGUACACUCUUAUCAACUACACUAGCUUCAUAGAAUCCAGCUUUAUUGCCAUGUCCUUGAGCGCGCUGCUGUUCUUACGCUGGAAACAACCUUAUCUCCACAGACCCAUAAAGGUUCAUCUUGCCCUACCGAUCAUCUACCUGCUUAUAUGUCUCUUCUUAAUCCUACUCCCGCUGUACACGUCGCCGUUGGAGAUGGGAAUAGGCGUCGCCAUAAAAAACCUAUUCAUUGAAUCGUAACAUGCAGGUAUAUUUUUCAGUUUGUAUUACGCAUUCGACGCAGGUAUUGAACUGUGUAGCA